CGGGAGGCUCGGAGGGGCUUUAAAAGCCGCUUUGCGGUCGCGUAAUCCCCGUGGCCCUCUCCCAUGGCAGUCGGGGUGGUGUGGGAAGGGGCUGUGCGUUUCUCCCAAACCCACCCCUGCCAGCAAAUGGCUUUUCAGCAGAGUGGAUGCUUCCCAAACUGAAGGACAAAGAGGAGUUUAUCUGCCAGCACCGAACCAGCUGCUGGGGUAAGGCAGCAUCUCUCCAAACCGGGGACCACCCAGAGGUACAGAUCAGACCCUACACGAGGCUAAAACUCAAUGCUAAAUCUAGGCAGAUUCAAAAAAAAAAAUAAAAAAAUACCUUCAGCAGACCCGAGCACAGCUUCCUGAUUCAGUUAGCUGCUGCCGCACUCCUCGCUAGACAGAUACCAGCUCCGAGCAGCUCCUCGGUGCAGACCGGCCCUUCACUUCAUUAGUUGGUGGGGUUUUUUUUGUUUUGUUUUGCCUUUUUUUUUUUUUUUUUUCUUAAUGAUCAGGUCUGGUUUUAGCCGAGUGGGCUGGCUGGCUUAAUUCACACAGCUGCCCGGCUCCUGCCCCCAGCACCAGAGCAGAGGGGCUGGGCAGCAGAGAGGAGACACGGGGCAGGGGUGCUGAGGCCGUGGUGCUCGGAGGAACCCCCAGGACAACCACGCUCGGAGGCAGCCCCAGAAUUUCCCCCCUCGCUCAGCCCCAGCCUCCCAGCCCUCCCACCUGCCGGGCAGCGGGAGGCUGAUGCUCGAUGACGCUCAGCACCACGACGGGACGGCACAAGAAUCUUCUCCUUAAUCCCCAAAGGGAGGGGAGAUGACAUCUCGGCUCCUCUGAACCACCUGUGACCGGCAGAGCCAUGGAUCUGGAAUUCGAGCUGCCCAACGCCACCGCCUUCUGGUUCUCCCCGGCUUCCCCGUUCGACAACUUCUCGGUGGAGGCGCCCACCAACGCGUCGCAGAACGCCACCGGCCAGCACUUCGACCUAACCAGCAACGCCAUCCUCACCUUCAUCUACUUCGUGGUCUGCAUCGUCGGGCUGUGCGGCAACACGCUGGUGAUAUACGUCAUCCUCCGCUACGCCAAGAUGAAGACCAUCACCAACAUCUACAUCCUGAACCUGGCCAUCGCGGACGAGCUCUUCAUGCUCGGGCUGCCCUUCCUGGCCAUGCAGGUCGCCCUGGUGCACUGGCCCUUUGGCAAAGCCAUCUGCAGGGUGGUCAUGACGGUGGACGGGAUCAACCAGUUCACCAGUAUCUUCUGCUUGACGGUUAUGAGUGUCGACCGGUACCUGGCUGUUGUCCAUCCCAUUAAAUCCGCCAAGUGGAGGCGGCCCAGGACAGCCAAAAUGAUCAACGUGGCCGUCUGGGGUGUCUCCCUGCUGGUGAUCAUGCCCAUCAUGAUUUAUGCCGGGGUGCAGCAUAACCACGGCAGGAGCAGCUGCACCAUCAUCUGGCCGGGGGAGUCGGGCGCGUGGUACACGGGCUUCAUCAUCUACGCCUUCAUCCUGGGCUUCCUGGUGCCUCUCACCAUCAUCUGCCUUUGCUACUUGUUCAUCAUUAUCAAAGUCAAGUCCUCAGGCAUCAGAGUGGGCUCCUCCAAGAGGAAAAAGUCCGAGAAGAAAGUCACCAGGAUGGUCUCCAUUGUGGUUGCUGUCUUCAUCUUCUGCUGGCUCCCCUUCUACAUCUUCAACGUCUCCUCCGUCUCCGUCCUGAUCGUGCCCACGCCCGUCCUCAAGGGCAUGUUCGACUUCGUCGUGGUCCUCAGCUAUGCCAACAGCUGCGCCAACCCCAUCCUUUACGCCUUCUUGUCCGACAACUUCAAGAAGAGCUUUCAGAACGUCCUCUGCCUGGUGAAGGUCAGCGGCAUGGACGACGCGGACCGGAGCGACAGCAAGCAGGACAAGUCCAGGCUCAACGAGACCACGGAAACCCAAAGGACCCUGCUCAACGGUGACCUGCAGACGAGCAUCUGAGGGGUCGGCGGCGUUGUCCUCUGCUCGCUCUCCUCUCCCCACUUGCUCCCAGCUGCAGCAGGGCAGCGGCGCGCAGGGAGGCAGGGGAUGGCAGCGCGCACGCCGGAGGGCCGGGUGUCCUCAGCUGGGCUGGCUCCCGAGCUGCUGGCGGGCUGGCUUGUUGGCGCUGGGAAGGAUACGGUUCUGAGGAGCUGCCUCGCCAGGAGCACAAAGACAACUUGUAGAAAUACCCCCGUGGCAGCGCGCAUUUAAACACCAAAGUGCCACUGUGGGCCGCAGCCAUCGCAGGGGCAGCGCCGCUGGCUCCUCUGGCGUUACCCUCGGGGCUGAAGCCAGCUCUGGGUGCUCUGCCCCGGAAUGGGUGCUUGCACGUGGACAGACACCGUGGAGCCUGGCCGGGCUGGGCCCUGCACGCACCGGGGGCGACCUGAGGAGGUGCCACCGCCUGUGCCACCGUGUGGAUGCGCUGAGACCCGGCAGGAGCUCCCUGGGCGUGUUCCGCUCCUGCAGUCCCCGAGGAGACGAGGACGUUUGGGGUUGCACUUUGCCCAGCUUAUAACUCGCUCAACCACGUCCCCCGAAGCCUCCCUACUGCUGUUUGACUGCGUCCUUUGCAGAAGGGGUCCUGCCGCGGAGGAGGCGCAGCAGGACGGAGGCAGCCGCCCCGAAGGACGCAGCCCUCUCCUGCGCCCCCCGCUGCAGGAGAGCCCCUGCCCUCCUCCCUCCCGUGACGUCACCUUCCCGCAGGUUUUCUCCUCGGAUGGAGGAUUUCCCCCUUUUCCCUCCUGUAGCCCCUCCUGCCGCCCAGAUCCGUUCGCAUCAGCCUCUGGCUGCGCCACCGGCCCGAAACCGCCGCUGUCCCCGGUGAGCCCCGGUCGGGCUGGCUGGGCAGCCACGGCACGGUCCGGUAGGAAAUCCUCGGCAGAACACCGGGGGGUUGGAGUGCCCUGGUGCAGGCCGCUGUUCGUCCUGCUGCUGCUGGCUUCCGUGGCUGGGCGAGACUCGGGCUGGUCCUGCCGCUGCGGUGGCUCCGGGAUCGUCCCCACGGCGAGCGAGCAGCACCCGGCGGCUGGGGGCUGGGGACACCGCCCCUGCUCCUCCCAGGCUCAUCACGAAGGAGGAGGGGGUGAUGGAGAAGACGGGCGACGGCAGGUCGGGGGACGCUUGGGGACUUGGCUCAGACCUUCAUCCGAACCAAAGGGACCAGCAGAGCAAGCGACACGGAGCUGAAGGAGCCCCUGUGAAAGCCCUGGAGCAGAGUCCCCAGCCUGUCCCCCCCCCCCCUCCCCGCGGGAUGGCCGCGGCUGCUCCUGUCCCCGUGCCCCAGGGCUGACGGCGAGGCUGCGACCGCUGCGAGCCACCCACGUCACUGCCGGGGUGCACGUCCUGCAGGUAACUGCACAGGGGGGCAGCAGCUUCCCCAGGGGCUUCCAGCACAAAGCCGUGAGGAGGAGCAGGGCUGCACGCAUCCAGCCCCUCGCCCCUCUCCCGCACCACGGCGUGGGUCUGAAAAGCCAGCUGCUGCUUGUGGCCCCGAGACACCUCUGCCCUUCUCUGCCCGCCUGCGAUCCCCAGCUCAUACCUCCUGCUGGAUUUCACCCUGCUCCCUCCAGGACCGCAAAAAGCAAGAGCACGAGGACACGGCUCCAGCCGGGAUCAGGGGAACCUGCCUCGGUCUGACCACAAGGAGACGAGGGACACAAAGCCUGGGCACCCAGCCAUCCCAGCCCACGCUGCGCGGUCGGGAGGGAAGGGACGGGUGACUGUACAUAUGUAUAUAUACCAGACACGCCAGCAAAGGGUUUUGUUAUCACUGAUGCCGUAGAGACACUCCGCACCCCUGUUCCGCUGUGCGUGCCACAAUCAGCAUUCAGGAGAGAAACGGACCGAGCCCUUUGGGGUUCCCUGGCUCCCCCGUGGGGCUGGCUGCAGCGUGCACGAGGCAGAAGGGCCCACAGGAGCCGCUGCCAUGCUGGGAGGUGACACCAGCAGGAGAAGAGCUUCAGCCCUUGCUAAAUGCAGAGCCCUUCCCUGCCAAGCUGGGGCUCCAGCGAUGGGGAGCGUCCCCCUGCAGCGCCGUGCUGCCCGCGUCCUGUACAUACACCCCCCUGUAUCUAUAUCUGUGCUCUGUGUGGCGUGCGUGCGUCCGGUGUAAGACAUUGUGACUGGAACAUGAUGGAGAGCGUUUCUGCUUUAAGCCUUUUUCUUCCGAGCAAUAUGCUGUCUCUCAAAGUCUGGACGUGGAGCUGAGCCUUCGCGCUGCCAGUCUCACGGGGAAGGAAACGCUGAGGGGGGUGGGAGGGAAGUAAAGGUUUUCCUACGGUUUCUGAAUUUCUGCGCAUGUGUCAGAGCUGGGCAGGAGCAGUGUAGGUAUAGGGGGGCUUGGAAUCCUCCCUGGAGGACCAAAGGCACCAGACCUGGAGUCUCACCAAGGGACCAUGCACAUGCAAUCCCCUCCAGCUGUCCCCCACACCCGUUAUGCUCUAACACCCCCAGCAGGAGAGCUGGGUUUGCCCCAAAAGCUCAGGAUCACUCCAGGUCAGCACAGACUCAGAGCACCUGAGGUACAGACAUGUCUGUGCCAGCACCAAACACUAAACCCGAUGGGUCACAGGUGAAGAAUGACGACAAAUAACUGCAAGGGCAGGGGGUGGCAGCAACUCGCUGUGAACAGCUGAAAGGCAGAAACUGGUCUUCAAGGUGGCAGCAGCCCUGUGCUGCUUCUGGAGAGAUCAGAGAGCAAAUCGCCACCACCAGAGAUUUAAUCUGCUGGAGAAAACAGCACUGGGAGGGGGUGCGAAUGCAUUAGCAUGUGUGCUUGGAGACAGGGUGUAUUACCAGGGAAACACAGAGAUCUUUACUGCAGAUGUAUAGAAAUUGGCUCCACGAUAAACUGUGAAAGUCCAACUCGCUGCAGCCAGCAGCACUGACUGGCUGCACAGGCCAGCUUUGCUAUCAACAUUUUCCAUGAAAAUAACCCCCAUCAAAACAAGCAUGAUUCACGCACACACCCCCAUUUGCAGCACAAACACGGUUUCACAGGAUUUGGGUAAAAACUAAGCAAAACUAUCUGCACCAACAGCCUCUCUGCCAAGGCCAUGCACUCGCAUUCCAGGACACGAGCAGCACCCGUGCACUGGGUGCUCUUCUGACAAGCCUGGUGUGGGCAAUCAGCACCGUGCUGCUGCCCUGCCCCUCAAGAUCUGUUCCUUGCAGAUAGCUGGGACAGGAUUUUCCUCCAUGAACAAGGAUUUCUAAGAAAGCUCUUGCUGAGCCUUCUGCAUUAGAGCUGACUGAGUCAGUGUUAGGCGCCAAAUGUUGGCUGCAGGGGGGUUUUCUGGUCAGAUUUACGUAUAACUAUAGAUACGCACGCAGAAGGACGUGCACAGAGAUGUAUCUAGGUUACCGUCAGAAAACAUUAAAUCUUUACAAGAGUGCUGGUACGAGAAAGCCAACAACUGCCCUGGGAAGAUUUCGCAACCCGCCC